CCGGAACUGAGGGACCAUGACCCGGAAGGCGAUGCCUUGGUCUGAGACAGGGUUUCUCUGCCUGUGACAGGAAUUCAACAAUAAUUUGGGUUUAAUUUCGCAGGGAACAGGGAUCGGCCGCUUGCUUUCUGUCGAAGGUGGCAAGAUGUUUGCUUUCUUGGUGAGAAGAUGCUGGCAAACAACUGGUAGAGUUCAGAAAUUACUUCAGUUUCCAAAUGAAUCAAGAAACAUCAUGUCCUAUAACUUAUUGAGCCCUUGCACACAAAGAAGAUUUAGGAGCCUUCAAGCCGUCAAGUACUUGCAAAAAUCUACAUUUUUCAGGACUCAGACAAGCAAUUUUCAUGUAUCAUAUCAAGCAUCCAAGAUAAAGAAAGCAGAGGAACCAGAGAAACGUGAAUUAGACUUACUACGAUAUGAUUUCAGAGAAUUGAAAAACAGCCCCAAACCAGCCCUCUAUCUUUGCUAUGGUGGAUUAAUUCCUUUUGUAUCAGCUCCCCUUGGAAUGGCCAUAACAGAGACAUAUUUUCCUGAACUAGCUUUUGCUCAAAUUGCAUAUGGAGCAGCAAUUCUCUCUUUUGUUGGAGGAAUAAGAUGGGGAUUUUCAAUUCCAGAAAACAGCCCUGCAAAACCUGACUGGUUGAAUCUGGGAAACAGUGUGGUUCCUUCUUUGUUAGCCUGGAUAGCCCUACUCUUUCAUGAUAAUCUGACUGAAGCAACAAUUCUGAUUAUCAUGGGUCUCGGUAUAGCAUUGCAUUAUGACUUAGCCUUACUUGAAGGUUAUCCAAGUUGGCUCAGAGCUCUUCGAACAGUGCUGACUGUGAUAGCAACAUUUUCCUUGGUUGCCACAUUAAUAAUCAAAAAUACAUAUCCUGAAAAAACGCUAUUGCCAGAUAAAAAAUAAAAACAUAAAGGGAAUAGAUUUUUCCUUUCGUUAAAGCUACAGAAAGGACUUUGUUUUUAAAAAAAACUGCAAUAAAAUUGUAGCAGAGAUGCUCAUAAAUGUUGUGAAUUAGUUGUUAAUCACACCAUUAUAUUUCAGAGACUCGGGUCACCUUUCAAAAAUCUCGCCAUUAAAAAGAUCUCUAUUUAACUUCCAUAUUUUUGCUAUAUUUUUGUUCAAGCUGAACAUAUAAAAGUACUAUCAAUUUUGUGACCUAACAAAGAAAAAAAUAUAAUGAAUUUUGAAUAAAGAUCAUGUCUAAAGUUUCUUUAUCUCUAGUUACAAUCCUCACACAGGUUUAAGACUUUUUUUUAGCUGUUUUAUGUAAACUUUUAAUUUAAAUUACAGUCUGGCCAAUGUUUGCAUUUCAGGACAUGGUAGAGUUACAUAGUGGCAUAAAUCAUUUGUGUGCAGGCUUGAUUUGUCAGCAACAUACCUAGACAUGAACCAGUUGUGCAGAUAACUAUAUUGACCUAAUCAAUUAAAUAAAACUUAUAUAAUUCUAAUGAUUCGGAGAUGCCGAUCACCUGAUGAAGGAGCGUCGCUCCGAAAGCUAGUGUGCUUCCAAUUAAACCUGUUGGACUAUAACCUGGUGUUGUGAUUUUUAACUAUAUAAUUUUAAGUAUCAACCUCUCUGGAUAACCUUUUUUUUGGUAAUAGCAUAGGUCAACCCUGGCCUCUAAUUAGUUAUCAGCACUUUGGUUAUACUCAACACUAUAUCCAUGAACUUCCUAUUGCCGAAUAAAUGCAUCAGCUCUGCCAGUAAGUCUGCAGUUAUCACAUGUAUUGAGCUAAGCAGAGAUUUCUGGUACGUUUUAAUGUGAGAAAUGUAUGACUUAUGUUGGAAGGUAACAGGAGAACCCUGUUCAAGGUUUUAACACUUCAAAUUUAUAUAGUCUAAAUGUACAUUUUGUACUGAAGACUAUAUAUCUGUUGAUAAAUUGCACUGUAUAUUUAAUUUGUAUUAUGGUCUUGAGUCUGGUAGAAUGUGUUCAAUUUUGAUCAUUGAAAAUUAGUGGUAGCAUCUGAAAUGUUCCAGUAAAUGAGAAUAUGGGAGCAUGAAUUUGCAAGAUUUGCUACACUUCCAUUAAGCUGAUGAGGAUACAUAUUCUGGCCUUUUAAAGAUCCUAGCACAUUUACUGGUGUGGUCAUUUGAUGUAUUUCUUGAAUUCAGUAUC